ACCCUUUGCAGUAUCAUGGCGGAUACCAGUCCUCUGGUGAGAAGACCAACUAUAUCGAGGCAAUCGGGCCCCACCUACAUCAAUUCUUAUGCUCUUAAAGGUAUACGUGUCAGUUACAGGACUCCUAUUCCUAUACCUGAGGCUGUCUCCUUGCCCAGGGAUUGGUCAAUGCCUCAACUUAAUGAACCUCAACAUAUUGCUGAUCUUACUAAGGAAAGGCAAGUCAUUGAACAAGCUAAUUUACGUCGUCAAGCGAUUGCUGGUGAAGCUACUUCACCUUAUGCCAGCUUAAGAGGAGGGACGAUAUGUCCUCCCCAGAUGCCUCCUACCAGCACCAUCCCUCUAAUACCCUAUCAGAACUCAACUAUACUAACUCCAGUACCAGCUCCUAGUGAUAGUACUGCUCAAUUGGAUCCACCAGUAGCCAAUGUUAGCACAAGUACUGCUAUUGAUAAGCCUCUGGGGGAAAUGAGUCUAAGGGAUUUUGAGGGUGAGAGUGAUCCGUUUGAAGUUACGGCCCUACAAGCUAUUGAUGUAUACUCAGAGCUACAAAGUGUAUUACAGCCUCAAACUAGCACCACUACUGUCCCUCCUACUAGUAAUACAGGGUCUAGUGGUGCUCCUACUUCUCUAGCUCCUCCUGGUCAGCCUCCUGGCUAUACUUCACAGUCUCCAUCAUCACAGUCUAGUUAUAUAACUACUACUAGUCCUCUACCACCUCCUGUAUCUGGUCCUCUCCCUCCCCCUGUGUCUGGUCCUGCCCCGCCCCCUGUGUCUGGUGCCACUGAUAACCUUUAUAUAACUACAGCUAGUCCUAUUCCUCGUCCUCUCUCUGGUCCUCUUCCUCCUCCUCCUUCUGGUUCAUCGGAGGGUCUUUAUGAGGCUAUUGGUCCUGCAGAGAAUCUUUAUGAGGCCGUCAGCCCGAGAAGGAAUGAAUUUGGUAUAAUGUUUGAUGUAGGAGGAGGACAAGACAGACAACAAGAGCAAAUCCCAUCAUCAAUACAGUAUCCUCCUCCUCCCUCUUCCUCUCCCUCUCCCCUUCCUCCUCCUGUUGCUCCUAAGCCCACUGCCAGAUCAAGCCCCCGUAUCGUCCCAUCCCCCAAUCCAUCCCAUCGUCCAUUUGCCGGUGUUUCUGUCCUACCGCCUGUCGGCCAGUUGCCACAGCAACCAGCCCCGCCCCCUUAUAGCUCUGAGCCCAGUAGUUAUUCGUCAUAUCAUCCUUCUCCCCCUCCUCCUCCUAAAGUGUAUAGUCUUCCUGAUAUAAGGAGCAGUUUAACACCUGCUGAGAAGGAAAGCUUGGAGAGUAUAUCUAGUAUGGGGUUUCCUCCUACUAGAGUGGCUAGGGCUUUGAAGAAAUAUGAGAAUGACAAUCAAAAAGUAUUUGAUUUCUUGUUUCUAGUUGGUGAGAUUGUUGAUAAAGGCUACAAUGGGGACAGUGCAGAAACUGCUUUAAUAGCUCACAAAGAAGAUGUGGAAAAGUCACUGGAUUACUUACAGAAAGUAGAUCAAUACAAGGAGGUAUGGCCAGAAGGCAAAAUACACGAGGCUUAUAAUGAAGCAGGAGGUAGCUGGGAGGACACGAUUGAUAUAUUAACUCAAGGAAGUUGAUCAUUAUUAAUCAAAUCUUUUAAAUUUCUCUCAUCUGUUUGUGCAUGUGUGCAUGUGUGUAUAAAUGUGUCUUGUUUUUAGUGUAGUGUACAAAUUGACUAGUAAAUAAAAUUAUUAUUUAAUUCAUUAUUGAUUAACUAUAUUCGUUGUUCAUUGAUUUCUUCGAGCAAA